AUGUAAACAUGUAGACGACAGAAGUCCUCACAAAGUAUCACCACUUCUGUUCGGACAGUCUAUCGGCAACCUAACCUUUCCCCCUGGUAACACCUGUAAACAAAGCCCUCCAAAAUGCCGAAACAAAUGGAAUCAUCCAUCGAUUUGGAGAACCGAGAUCCCAACAAUAUCAAUGACCACUUAAAGGUCCAGUUUGAGGAUGUGUUGGCUGAGCCCGAAGGUGCCCACAGCAUUGACUGCUGUUGGAAGUGCACCAACACAUGCUUCAACUGCGCCUUCAAAUGCUGCUACAUGUUGAUGACCCUGUGUGGACCUCUGUACGGUCUCUACUACGGUUGGAGUUACGCCAUGCUUGCCUGUGCUCAUAUUUGGCAGUACACACCCCAGAUCAGAGCUUGCGAGAUCAACUGCAUCAUGAUGAGGAAGGUGUACACCAUCUGCCUCAACUGCUUCCUGACGCCAUGUUGCGAGUCCUGCGGUGCCUUCUUCAGUAGGAUUCAAGUCAAACAAUAACAUUGUUUUGUGCCUACAUAUCUGUGAAUGGGAAUUAAAUAGUAAGAAAUAAAAACAUGAACAGCUAUGACAUUCUUUAACAAAGUAAAGCAUAAAUGGAUGAAAAUAUCCUGUAAAUUUAAGCGCAUAUUUUACAGCGUCUGUUCUCUUGAUCACAAAGCAAUAGUGAGAACUACCAUGUUCUGCCAUCAAGAACAUACUUUAUUUGAUGAAUUGACAUUUCUGGAAGUGAAACUUGAAACAUAUCUUGCUCCGUGUUCCAAACGACUGUAUAUUUAGGCUCACUUGUUAUGUAUGUAGUAAAAAGAACAGUACCCCCUCCCCCCUCUUUGUAUGUAUUACGCCUGUCGACGUGUCAGUUCAUACAAGUGUCGCGUUUGUUUUAUACUUUUUUAAGGACCUUGAUCUCAACAUGAUGUAUCCAUUAGUACAACACCAAUUAGUAUUGUACAUAGUACAGAAACUUCUGCAACGAAUAAAUCUUCUUUUGUUAUA